AUGUUACUCCGGAGUCAUGUGACUGGCCACGUCCUAGGUGACACGUCACUUGCUCCAGUGAAUAAAGGACGGCGUUGCCAACUUGUUCUCUCUGUAAGACCACCACCAUCCACGAUGUCUCGUCUAGCCCGUCAUCCGACGCGCGCUCAGUCGACUCGACUUUUCUCUUCCCUCUCCGUUCUCUUCUUCGCUUUCCUUGCUUUCGUUUCAUUCGCCCCUUCCGCACAGGCCGAGGAGGCUCAUCCUGAGUAUGGAACCGUCAUCGGUAUUGAUUUGGGAACAACUUAUUCUUGCGUUGGUGUCCAACGAGCCGGUGUAGUUGAAAUUAUUGCCAACGACCAAGGUCACCGGAUAACACCAUCAUGGGUCAGCUUCACUGACGACGAGAGACUUGUCGGCGACAGCGCCAAGAACGCCUUCCACACCAAUCCCAAAAACACCGUUUUCGACGCCAAGCGACUUAUUGGUCGUAAGAUGGAUGACCAGGACAUCGUCCGUGACAUGAAGCACUGGCCUUUCACCGUCUCUGAGAAGAACGGCAAGCCUGCUAUCACUGUCAAGGUCAAGGGUGAGGACAAGAGCUUCACCCCUGAGGAAAUCUCCGCUAUGGUCCUUGGAAAGAUGAAGGAGACCGCUGAGGCCUACCUCGGCCACAAAGUCACCCACGCUGUUGUCACCGUCCCUGCUUACUUCAAUGACGCCCAACGUCAGGCCACCAAGGAUGCCGGAACUAUCGCCGGUCUUCAAGUCCUCCGUAUCAUUAACGAGCCUACUGCCGCCGCCAUCGCCUACGGUCUCAACAAGAAGGGUGGUGAAUCCCAAAUUAUCGUCUACGAUCUCGGUGGUGGAACUUUCGAUGUCUCUCUCCUUUCUAUCGAUGAUGGUGUCUUUGAGGUCCUGGCUACCGCUGGUGACACCCAUCUCGGUGGUGAAGAUUUCGACAACCGCGUUAUGGAGUACCUCAUCAAGCAGUACAAGAAGAAGACUGGCACCGACGUUUCCAAGAACCUCCGCGCCCUCGGUAAACUCAAGCGUGAAGUCGAGAAAGCCAAGCGUACUCUGUCCAGCCAACAGAGCACUCGCAUCGAAAUCGAGUCGUUCGAAGAUGGUAAUGACUUCUCCGAGACCCUGACCCGCGCCAAGUUCGAGGAACUCAACAUCGACCUCUUCCGCAAGACCAUGAAGCCCGUCGAACAGGUUCUCAAGGACGCCAACGUCAAGAAGGAGGAUAUCAACGAGGUCGUCCUCGUCGGCGGUUCAACACGUAUCCCCAAGGUUCAGCAACUCCUCAAGGAGUUCUUCGGUGGCAAGGAGCCCUCCAAGGGAAUUAACCCUGAUGAGGCCGUUGCCUAUGGUGCCGCCGUCCAGGGUGGUAUCCUUUCCGGAGCUGAGGGAACCGCUGAUGUCGUCCUUGUCGAUGUCUGCCCUCUUACCCUCGGUAUCGAGACCACUGGUGGAGUCUUCACUAAGCUCAUCCCUCGCAACACUGUCAUCCCCACCAAGAAGAGCCAGAUCUUCUCGACUGCCGCUGAUAACCAGCCCACCGUCUUGAUCCAGGUCUUCGAGGGUGAACGUUCGCUGACCAAGGACAACAACCUCCUCGGCAAGUUCGAGCUCUCUGGUAUCCCCCCUGCUCCUCGUGGUGUUCCUCAGAUUGAGGUCACCUUCGAGAUCGACGCCAACGGUAUCAUGAAGGUCGGCGCUGCCGAUAAGGGAACUGGCAAGUCCGAGUCGAUUACCAUCACCAACGAGAAGGGUCGUCUCAGCCAGGAGGAAAUCGAGCGUAUGGUCGCUGAGGCUGAGAAGUUCGCCGCCGAGGAUGAGGCUCAGCGCAAGCGCAUCGAGGCUCUCAACUCACUCUCGUCCUUCGUCUACGGCCUCAAGACCCAGCUUGGUGACCAGGAGGGUCUCGGUGGCAAGAUCUCUGACGAGGACAAGAAGACCAUCCUCGCCACCGUCAAGGAGACCGGUGACUGGAUCGACGAGAAUGGUGCCAGCGCCAGCGUGGAGGACCUUGAGGAGAAGCUCGCGGAGGUGCAGGGUGUUGUCAACCCCAUCACGGCCAAGCUCUACGCUAGCGCUGGUGGUGCGAGCAAGGAUGAUGAUGACGAUGAGGAGGUUACAAGGAAUCACGAUGAGCUGUAG